ACAGUCGGGAGCGCGCCUCGGUCCACCGCCGCUGUCUGUUUUCUUCGCUGCACAGCACGGCUCGCUCCUCCGACGGUCCACCGUGUAACUAUGGCAGCCCUGAGUAAGAUACCGCACAGCUGCUAUGAGAUCGGACACACAUGGAACCCUUCCUGUGUCAUGUCCACCCUGGAGAUCACUGCGGGGGCUCUGGAGGUCUCUUUCAAAAUAUAUGCACCGCUUUACCUGAUAGCAGCCAUCCUACGGAGGAGGAAGAAGGAGUAUUACCUGAAGAGACUCCUCCCUGAGAUCCUUCAGUCCACGUCCUUCCUCACCGCUAAUGGAGGACUCUACAUUGCCUUCUUCUGCAUCCUCAGGAAACUGCUGGGUGGCUUCACCUCCUGGUCCGCUGGGUUCGGAGCAGCUCUACCUGCCUCUUACAUCUCUAUCCUCAUGGAACGCAAGAGCAGGAGAGGUCUGCUGACGAUCUACAUGGCCAACCUGGCGACAGAGACCUUGUUCCGUAUGGCUGUCACACGAGGCAUCGUCAACCCCCUCAAACACGGGGAGGUUCUGCUGUUCUGUAUGACAGCAUCUCUUUACAUGUUCUUCUUCAGGAGUAAAGAUGGACUUAAAGGAUUCUCCUUCUCAGCGCUCAAGUUCAUCGUUGGGAAGGAGGAGAUUCCAACACACUCCAACCUGUCCGAGCACGGCUUUCCACAACCCCCGGAGACAUCCGUCAACACAGAGUCACAGAGGUCAACAGGAAGCCCUGCAUCCGGCAGGAAGUCCCUCAUCACCCUCACCAGGAGACUGCUAGAAUCUAUAUGCAAGCAUGGACCCAGACAUCGAUGCUGUAAACACUACCAGGACAACUGCAUAGUCUACUGUGUCAAGGGCUUCAUCCGUAUGUUCAGUGUGGGCUACCUGAUCCAGUGUUGUCUGAAGGUUCCGUCAGCGUUCCGCCAGGUCUUCACGAAGCCGUCCCGCCUCCCCUCUCUCUUCUACACCAAAGAGAACUUCCAGCUGGGGGCUUUCCUAGGGUCCUUCGUCUCUAUAUACAAGGGGACCAGCUGCUUGCUGCGUUGGGUGCGUAACAUUGAUGACGAGCUCCACGCACUCAUAGCGGGGUUCCUGGCUGGCAUGUCCAUGUUCUUCUACAAAAGCACAACAAUCUCCAUGUACCUGUUCUCCAAGCUAGUGGAGACCAUGUACUUUAAAGGCAUUGAGACGGGUCACCUCCCCUACUUCUCCCAGGCUGACACCAUUAUCUACGCCAUAUCUACCGCAAUCUGCUUCCAGGCUGCGGUGAUGGAGGUGCAGAAUCUCAGACCCUCCUACUGGAAGUUUCUCCUCAGGCUCACCAAGGGCAGGUUUGCUUUUAUGAACAGGCGGGUGCUGGAUGUGUUUGGGACUCAGGCCUCCAGAGACUUCCAUGGAUUCAUGCCCAACAGAACCCCCGUUACGCCACCCCGACCCUGAGCCCUGAACAGAACAUCACUCUGGGUUGACCCCACACUGUUAGAGGUCAGGGGGUCAGCCAGAGGGGGGGGGAGUCCUAAAUGGAGCCCUGUGCACUACAUAGGGAACACAUUGGCUCUCUCUAAGGACCUCCGUCUGUGUGAGGACACUUCAUAAAGCUGUCUUAAGGAUGUUCAACCCAUAGAGGACAGAUGAUAUUGUAUGUAAAGUAGGGAGGGAGGGAGGGAUUAAGGGAGGGAGGGAGGGAUUGAGGGAGGGAGGGAUUGAGGAAGGGAGUGAUUGAGGGAGGGAGUGAUUGAGGGAGGGAGUGAUUGAGGGAGGGAGUGAUUGAGGGAGGGAGGGAGUGAUUGAGGGAGGGAGGGAGUGAUUGAGGGAGUGAUUGAGGGAGGGAGGGAGUGAUUGAGGGAGGGAGGGAGUGAUUGAGGGAGGGAUUGAGGGAGGGAUUGAGGGAGUGAUUGAGGGAGGGAUUGAGGCAGGGAGAGAUUGAGGGAGGGAGAAGGUUUUGGGAAACUGCUCUCGCCGGUAGACGUCUGGACAUCUGAGUUGAUUUAAUAUGAGCAAUAUGGCUUAAACCUAUCCGAUCCUCUCAGAUCUGCCCUGGUGGGGGCGAGGGCUUGAUUUGGGUAACUGAGUUAAGGUGAAGAAGGGGGAGUUUGCUGGACGGUUUUCUAGCUGUUGCCUUGGUAGCGCAGGAGGAGGAGCUCUUACCGUGCCGAGAGGGUGAUUUAUCAUUUAUGGAUCUACAAGCUGUUCUUUUGUGGAAACCAACCUUCUAGGGUUACACUGGCCGUGUCCCAAAUUUGGCUUGCGUACUACUUAAUAAAACGGCAUACUGUGUACUAAUCAUAAUAUAUAUACUAUUUAGCAGUGAUGUGGUCGAGUCACUAAACUUCACGUCCGAGUCGAGGCACAAGUCCCUGGUUCUAUAUCAGGCUAUUUACCCAGUCAGAUAUAGAGGUGUUAUUGACCCAGUCAGAUAUAGAGGGGUUAUUGACCCAGUCAGAUAUAGAGGGGUUAUUAACCCAGUCAGAUAUAGAGGGGUUAUUAACCCAGUCAGAUAUAGAGGGGUUAUUGACCCAGUCAGAUAUAGAGGAGAUAUUAACCCAGUCAGAUAUAGAGGAGUUAUUAACCCAGUCAGAUAUAGAGGAGUUAUUGACCCAGUCAGAUAUAGAGGGGUUAUUGACCCAGUCAGAUAUAGAGGGGUUAUUGACCCAGUCAGAUAUAGAGGGGUUAUUGACCCAGUCAGAUAUAGAGGGGUUAUUGACCCAGUCAGAUAUAGAGGGGUUAUUGACCCAGUCAGAUAUAGAGGGGUUAUUGACCCAGUCAGAUAUAGAGGGGUUAUUGACCCAGUCAGAUAUAGAGGAGAUAUUAACCCAGUCAGAUAUAGAGGAGUUAUUGACCCAGUCAGAUAUAGAGGAGUUAUUGACCCAGUCAGAUAUAGAGGGGUUAUUGACCCAGUCAGAUAUAGAGGGGUUAUUGACCCAGUCAGAUAUAGAGGAGAUAUUAACCCAGUCAGAUAUAGAGGAGUUAUUAACCCAGUCAGAUAGAGGUGUUAUUAACCCAGUCAGAUAUAGAGGAGUUAUUUACCCAGUCAGAUAUAGAGGAGUUAUUAACCCAGUCAGAUAUAGAGGAGUUAUUAACCCAGUCAGAUAGAGGUGUUAUUAACCCAGUCAGAUAGAGGGGUUAUUUACCCAGUCAGAUAUAGAGGGGUUAUUGACCCAGUCAGAUAUAGAGGAGUUAUUGACCCAGUCAGAUAUAGAGGGGUUAUUGACCCAGUCAGAUAUUGAGGAGUUAUUAACCCAGUCAGAUAUAGAGGAGAUAUUGACCCAGUCAGAUAUAGAGGGGUUAUUUACCCAGUCAGAUAUAGAGGAGAUAUUAACCCAGUCAGAUAUAGAGGAGUUAUUAACCCAGUCAGAUAGAGGUGUUAUUAACCCAGUCAGAUAUAGAGGAGUUAUUUACCCAGUCAGAUAUAGAGGAGUUAUUAACCCAGUCAGAUAUAGAGGAGUUAUUAACCCAGUCAGAUAGAGGUGUUAUUAACCCAGUCAGAUAGAGGAGAUAUUGACCCAGUCAGAUAUAGAGGGGUUAUUGACCCAGUCAGAUAUUGAGGAGUUAUUGACCCAGUCAGAUAUAGAGGAGAUAUUGACCCAGUCAGAUAUAGAGGGGUUAUUUACCCAGUCAGAUAUAGAGGGGUUAUUGACCCAGUCAGAUAUAGAGGGGUUAUUGACCCAGUCAGAUAUAGAGGGGUUAUUGACCCAGUCAGAUAUAGAGGGGUUAUUGACCCAGUCAGAUAUAGAGGGGUUAUUGACCCAGUCAGAUAUAGAGGGGUUAUUGACCCAGUCAGAUAUAGAGGAGUUAUUGACCCAGUCAGAUAAAGAGGAGUUGUUGACCCAGUCAGAUAUAGAGGGGUUAUUGACCCAGUCAGAUAUAGAGGGGUUAUUGACCCAGUCAGAUAUAGAGGUGUUAUUAACCCAGUCAGAUAUAGAGGAGUUAUUUACCCAGUCAGAUAUAGAGGAGUUAUUAACCCAGUCAGAUAUAGAGGGGUUAUUAACCCAGUCAGAUAUAGAGGAGUUAUUUACCCAGUCAGAUAUAGAGGGGUUAUUAACCCAGUCAGAUAAAGAGGAGUUAUUUACCCAGUCAGAUAUAGAGGAGAUAUUAACCCAGUCAGAUAUAGAGGGGUUAUUAACCCAGUCAGAUAAAGAGGAGUUAUUGACCCAGUCAGAUAUAGAGGGGUUAUUGACCCAGUCAGAUAUAGAGGGGUUAUUGACCCAGUCAGAUAUAGAGGGGUUAUUGACCCAGUCAGAUAUAGAGGGGUUAUUGACCCAGUCAGAUAUAGAGGAGUUAUUGACCCAGUCAGAUAUAGAGGGGUUAUUUACCCAGUCAGAUAUAGAGGGGUUAUUUACCCAGUCAGAUAUAGAGGGGUUAUUGACCCAGUCAGAUAUAGAGGGGUUAUUAACCCAGUCAGAUAGAGGUGUUAUUAACCCAGUCAGAUAUAGAGGAGUUAUUAACCCAGUCAGAUAUAGAGGAGUUAUUAACCCAGUCAGAUAUAGAGGAGUUAUUUACCCAGUCAGAUAUAGAGGGGUUAUUGACCCAGUCAGAUAUAGAGGGGUUAUUAACCCAGUCAGAUAUAGAGGGGUUAUUAACCCAGUCAGAUAUAGAGGAGUUAUUUACCCAGUCAGAUAUAGAGGGGUUAUUUACCCAGUCAGAUAUAGAGGGGUUAUUUACCCAGUCAGAUAUAGAGGGGUUAUUUACCCAGUCAGAUAUAGAGGAGAUAUUUACCCAGUCAGAUAUAGAGGGGUUAUUUACCCAGUCAGAUAUAGAGGGGUUAUUAACCCAGUCAGAUAGAGGAGUUAUUUACCCAGUCAGAUAUAGAGGGGUUAUUAACCCAGUCAGAUAUAGAGGUGUUAUUAACCCAGUCAGAGGUGUUAUUUACCCAGUCAGAUAUAGAGGAGUUAUUAACCCAGUCAGAUAUAGAGGAGUUAUUUACCCAGUCAGAUAGAGGUGUUAUUAACCCAGUCAGAUAUAGAGGGGUUAUUAACCCAGUCAGAUAUAGAGGAGAUAUUUACCCAGUCAGAUAUAGAGGGGUUAUUGACCCAGUCAGAUAUAGAGGGGUUAUUGACCCAGUCAGAUAUAGAGGGGUUAUUAACCCAGUCAGAUAUAGAGGAGUUAUUUACCCAGUCAGAUAUAGAGGGGUUAUUUACCCAGUCAGAUAUAGAGGGGUUAUUUACCCAGUCAGAUAUAGAGGGGUUAUUUACCCAGUCAGAUAUAGAGGAGAUAUUUACCCAGUCAGAUAUAGAGGGGUUAUUUACCCAGUCAGAUAUAGAGGGGUUAUUGACCCAGUCAGAUAUAGAGGAGUUAUUUACCCAGUCAGAUAUAGAGGGGUUAUUUACCCAGUCAGAUAUAGAGGGGUUAUUUACCCAGUCAGAUAUAGUGUAGUGGCAAGAGGGAUUUAGUCAAUACAUUGUUGGCUAUCCUUUUCCUUUCUUUCUGUGCCACCAAAUGUUUACCUUGUUUACUGGUAAUAUUACCAUCGCUACGUUCAAUAGGCUACCGGUAAUGUUACCAUGUUAGCUAGCAAGCUAAUGAGGUAUUAUGACUGAACAAGGUUUAGUGUAGCCUAAACAAAAACUAUCUAACAAGAAAGCUGACAGUCACUGGGUUUGCUACGGUGAAGCAGGGGAGUUGGGUAUCUAACUAGAAAGCUGGCGGUCACUGGGUAGCUAUGGUGAAGCAGGAGAGUUGGGUAUCUAACUAGAAAGCUGACAGUCACUGGGUUUGCUACGGUGAAGCAGGGGAGUUGGGUAUCUAACUAGAAAGCUGACGGUCACUGGGUUCGCUAUGGUGAAGCAGGAGAGUUGGGUAUCUAACUAGAAAGCUGACAGUCACUGGGUUCGCUAUGGUGAAGCAGGAGAGUUGGGUAUCUAACUAGAAAGCUGACAGUCACUGGGUAGCUACGGUGAAGCAAGAGUUGGGUAUCUAACUAGAAAGCUGACGGUCACUGGGUAGCUACGGUGAAGCAAGAGAGUUGGGUAUCUAACUAGAAAGCUGACGGUCACUGGGUUCGCUACGGUGAAGCAGGAGAGUUGGGUAUCUAACUAGAAAGCUGACGGUCACUGGGUUCGCUAUGGUGAAGCAGGAGAGUUGGGUAUCUAACUAGAAAGCUGACAGUCACUGGGUAGCUACGGUGAAGCAGGAGAGUUGGGUAUCUAACUAGAAAGCUGACGGUCACUGGGUAGCUACGGUGAAGCAGGAGAGUUGGGUAUCUAACUAGAAAGCUGACGGUCACUGGGUUCGCUACGGUGAAGCAAGAGAGUUGGGUGAAGCAGGAGAGUUGCCUGUACGAUGUGUAUGACCGGAGCCUGUCUGCCCACACUCAACGCUUGCUCCCCCGCAGCUCACCAGCUGUUAAGGCUGGGUGUACUGGGUGCAGCUCACCAGCUGUUAAGGCUGGGUGUACUGGGUGUAGCUCACCAGCUGGUGAAGGCUGGGUGUACUGGGUGCAGCUCACCAGCUGGUGAAGGCUGGGUGUACUGGGUGCAGCUCACCAGCUGGUGAAGGCUGGGUGUACUGGGUGCAGCUCACCAGCUGGUGAAGGCUGGGUGUACUGGGUGCAGCUCACCAGCUGGUGAAGGCUGGGUGUACUGGGUGCAGCUCACCAGCUGGUGAAGGCUGGGUGUACUGGGUGCAGCUCACCAGCUGAUGAAGGCUUGGUGCAGCUCACCAGCUGGUGAAGGCUGGGUGUACUGGGUGCAGCUCACCAGCUGGUGAAGGCUGGGUGUACUGGGUGUGUGUACCAAGUGUCAUGAGGUGGUGAAUCCUGGACUUGAAUACUACAGCGCUGCUAUUUAUUACGUCGUGUAAACAACACAACGUAUGCAGUAAGCACCAAGUGUCAGGAUGCUAGGCUCAUCCUACUGAGAAUGAGUCAUCCUCAUGCAGUUGCGUUAAUUCCCGCCAUUUGUUCAUCGAAGUACCCCCCCCCCCACCCUCCCCAGCUGAUUAUCAACUGUUGUCAGAUACACGUGGGUCUGGACAGACGAUUCUCUUCCUCAAUAAUGUGCAGCGAAUUCUAUUAGAUGAAAUGCCUGAAAUGAGUACGACAUCCUGGCAUUUAAAGUAUUCAACAUUUUGUUAAAUUUCAGUCCAUAUAAAAAAAAUUUAAAAAAAAAACGUUUGAAAAAAAUGCCUUCUGUUUAGGACACAAGUACAAUUUUUGGGACAUGGCCACUCAAUGGUUAGUGGUCAGAGCGUUGGGCCAGUAACCGAAAGGUUGCUAGAUCGAAUCCCCGAGCUGACAAGGUACAAAUCUGUCGUUCUUCCUCCUGAAAGAGGCAUUGUAAAUAAGAAUUUGUUCUUAACUGACUUGCCUAGUUAAAUAAAGGUUUCAUUUAUUUUUUUUAAA